GAUUCUACUCUAAACAACUUGACACGGAGUAGUGUGUUCCUGGAAAGUGUGUGGAUCUUUAAUUUGGGUCUUUCUCUCCGUGUUGUGUUACCGGGGUUUGUUAGAGUAGACGGGCUGUUGACAGAGAUGCAGGGGGGGACACACUCUUAACGGGACAUUUAACAACGUGUCGAUCUCUCCCGCCCCGUUGUUAUGGAGCAGGCAGCUGGGAGCUUAGAUGAUCUCCAGCCUCAGGACCUCUCCACCUCCAGCCUUCCCACUGUGAUCGAUCUGACCAGGAAGGGUGAGGAAUGCGUCCUCAACGCCACGUCCCUGCAGAUGGUGAAGAGCCCGGGUUGGUACCCAAACUCCGGGACCAGCAACCCAGGACUGGCUUUCUCCGACACGGGCUCCUCGGACAUCACGCUCCAAUCAGGGGAUCACAUUCAACCAGACAAUGCCUUCUCCCACACUACAGUCACCCUGUCCUACGUGAGCCGGUCUCACGUCUUCUCCGCUCAAGACUCCCUGUCUCGACACUCGCCUCUGUGUGGUAUGCCGCCCAUAAGCAAGUUCUCCCUCCACCCCCCAUGUGACUCAGAUAAAGGGCUCGGGGAGGCCGGCUACUCGCUGAACCAGCAUUACGUGGAGCAGGUCGAGGGGUCGGUGGACCUCGCCACUCAGACAGAACUGUUGCAGUCGUUGUCUCAGGCUCAGGCGGGAUCAGAGAAUGAUGGGGGAGCGUGUCCUACGCAGGAGCCUCGUGAGGUGAACGGUGGAGUGAUUUCCAGUGAUGAGGACACGGACAAUCCGGAUGAAAAGAAAGUAGAAUGCAGCCUUUCUUGGGAAAGCAGCAGGAGUUUGGAGAAUGGUCGAGGUCACAGCCGGACGAGUUCAGGAGAAUGUGUUGAAUCCUCCCCAGAGAUGCUCACCCCCACCACAGUGGAGGAUGAGGAGGGGGGAGGCUCUGAGGUGCUCUUUCUCAUGUCAAGAAAACAGGACCCAGUGGUCCCCAUGGACAGUGUGGGUGCUAGAGACCUGUGUUCACUGAGCAGGGAGUACAUCAGUCCUCUGGAGGACCCGGUCUCCCCCUCCGCUACCUCACUGGACGAUGUGGAGGAUGUGUUCAUCCUGCCUCAGGCCUCCAGCUCCCCCAGCGCAGACAACUCUUAUCUAGAGACUGAGCAGGCAGCAUGGGACGGCUCGAGUACAGAGGGGGGCAUUCAGCCAGCCGCUGGCAUCAGCAAUAGUACGACAGGGCUGGAUUCAAGAGAGGAAAACAAGCAGCCGGUCCGAAGACGGAAGGCAGUGAUAGAGCCUCUGAUUGACUUGACAGACGAUGGUUGUGUGUCUGAUGUUUCAGAGGACAAACCCCAGACUGUCACCCCCCACAUGAACGGGAACGCUAACACUCUGCAGAGGACUUUAAAGGAGAAAAAGCUUCCACUGCGUUCCAGCAGAGGGACGCGGUUAGAGGCAAUAGUCAUGAACAUAAACUCAAACAAGUACAAAGUGUCAGGAUGCAUCCGCACCAGUAAGAAAGCCAGUGCUUCCCAAUCAGCAACCAGUGACUCCAACUCGGCCAGUCCUAAGAGGAACGAGGCGCCGUCAGCGGGGAGGAGGAGGAGCAGAGUGGGAGCGUCUGUCUCAGCGAACGCAGUCAAACAAAAAGCAGGAACUCCUGUGAAAAGGGACAAAACUAAUAACAUUAACACUGACAGCUGCAAAGGUUCUACCUCCGAUCCUGAAACCCUCAGUCGUACUAGAAAGUCCCACAGCAGCUCACAUCCAAAAAGUCCUCCGUGUACUGUGCACAAGAGGUCAAAGAAAGAGUCAGAGGACGCUUCACUGUCUGUCCUCUCACCACAGACUCACACCGCAAAGUCAAAGACGAAACCCUCACCACAGUCCAGUCCUCAGGCCGCUCUGCACAAGAACUCAAAGAAGGAGCCGGAGCUCCAGAUUCACCCUGAACCCUCAGAGGAAAUUCAUGUGGCAAGAUUGUCUCCCCCUCCACCACCAUCACCGCCGCCGCCGCCGCCAUCAAAGUCUCCAAAGAAAAGUCAAGGGAAAGCCAAAGGCAAGACUACAGGUAGCCAAACAUCCCCCACUGCCAAGACAAAGGCGGCUCACACUCCCAAGAAGAGGAGGAAGAAACACAAGGGCGGCCAGUCCUCCUCCAUAUUCUCCCCCAAGGAGCCGGAGAUCAAGCUGAAGUACGUCAACUUCAAGGAGGAGAAAAGGGAGCUGAGGUCGGACAGCUUCUCUCCGUUCGUCCGUGUGGAGCGGCGGCAGUCCUCGCCAUCACUGUGUACUGUCAUCAACUACCCCGAGGAGGUGAAGACGCAGCACAAGAAGGGCCAGCAGCAGGCUCACACCAGUGGCUUCAUUUCUGCAGUCGUACCCAGCACCUCGUGUCUCCAGCUGGGCCGGGCGUCCACACAGAGCCAGCACCAGCGCUCCCUCGUCUGCUGCCUGUGCGGGCGCUCUGCCAACGCCAUGGACCUGGGGGACCUCCACGGCCCCUACUACCCUGAGGGGUACCAGCCAAGCACCAAAACACCAGCCAGCGUCUCAGGCCUCAAAGGGGAUGAGGACGACUACAGCGACUCAGACUCCUCGUCCUGCAGCAUCAGAGGCAGGAGGAGGAAGAGCGCCGGUCCACACUCAGCGUGGUCCCUCAGGCCGGGGGCUCAGCUCAAACAGAAGGGCCUCCUGGAGAACCGUCGGUGGACCGGUGACAGCGCUGGCAGCCCUGCAGCGAAGCGAGCUCGCUCAGAUCCCAGCUCUGCAGAUGUGGAGGACUGGUACAGCCCCCCGGUGCUGCCUCUGGAGCCCUGCGAGUACUGGCUCCAUGAAGACUGCGGUAUCUGGUCCGCCGGCGUGUUCCUGGUGAAGGGCAAAAUCUACGGACUGGAGGAGGCGGUGAAGGUGGCACAAGAGACGGUGUGUUCAGCGUGUCGUGAUCCAGGUGCUACACUGGGCUGCUUCUUUAAAGGUUGUCCCAACAAGUACCACUACAGGUGUGCUCUGGAGUCAGCAGACUGCGUUCUCAUCGAAGAGAAUUUCUCCAUGAAGUGUAAAAAGCACAAGAACAAGACAUUCAAAACCCCUCCAGGGAACAGGUGGGAUGACAGGUGACACAGUUUGCAGAAACUUCAUGAGACACUCACCUGCAGCAUCCUGCAGGGGCUCUUCUUCCCCUUUCUGCUGGUAACCAUGGCGACAGUGGACCAGGGUUCUUCUGACUGACAGCUAGCACCCAUGAACCUUAACUUCACCCUCUGCCCUUCAGCUGCACUGUUAACCCCCGACGCUGUGACUGGAGGAGCCCAGUCCCCCGAACCUCCGUCAGUCGGGUCCGACUGAGGAGGAGCCUCCUCUCACUUCACUUAAAGUAACAUGCUGAAUUUGUCAUUUGUGUAGUUAUUUAUAAGGAUUUUUUCCUGGAUUAGAUAUGAAUAAUAAUCAAAGAUAUUUAAUUUUUUAAAGAUUUCUAAGUAUUUGAUUAUAUUUGGUUUAUUUAUUCCUGACGUUUCUUAUUGGCUUCUUUAGCAGUCGUCAAAGAGGUUUGAUUGUGUGUGUUUUUUUUAAGUUAUUGGUGAAGCAGUUCAAUGUUGAAAUAUCAGGCCAGUCGAGGAGACGCUGGGACAGGAAGAGGGCGGGACAGUCGAUAAAGAACAAGGUACUCGAUUGGACGCUGACAACACAACAGGGUUCCAUGUUGAAACACCGGAUCACACAUGGCAUUAAGUUUAGUUUACUGGUGCAUCAGGCGUCACGUUCACUCACAGGACACUUGCACAUAACAAAUCGCCCAGCUGAUGUUGAGGGAACUGAACAGUGUGUUUGAAUGUAUUCUCCCCGUGUGAGGGGGUUUUUGCAAGAAGCACUUUGGAGUGACACUGAACACGUCCGGUCCUCUGCUCCAGCUGCAGUAUUACCUUGUCCGGCUACGUCCACACUGCUACGUUUUCCUUUUAAAACACAUCUCCUCGCGUCCACGAGACUCCACAGUUUUUGAGCUCGGAAAACAGAGACUUUCAGAAACUCUGCCGGGCCCCGUUUUAUUUUGAAAGUUCUGGGGUUGUGUUGUAGUCUGGACGGACAGAAACUGAGACUUUUGGAAACGAUGACAUAGACACCCACGGUCUCUCCUGAUUGGCUCUCAUCAGCCUGGACUACCGGUGGUGAAUACGACAAGAUAAUUACAGUGUUACUGACUUUGUUGUCUUUGCUAGCAGCUGUUGUUCACUGACAUUCUGCAUUUUAAUGCUACUUCCUCAAGUAUUUUUUUGCAACGAAUCAACUGCAGAGAAGACAAUCUGCUUCCUGUUCUGAUCAGUUCUGAUAUGGAGCUAAAAUGGUCGUCUGGUCAGAAAUCAAAACGCUGUUUUCAAAUGAAAACAUAGCAGUGUGGACGUAGCCAAACACCCCCACCUGCUUCAGGCGCUCUCAUGUGGCUGUGUGAGGUUCAGGGACCAGUCUGUGAACUCAGAAAAAGGUACAUCUGACAUCACGAUGACACCAUGUGAUUUUCAUUUGGCUCAGAGGCUUUGACUUUAGCUUCUCGCCUCAGACUGGGAGCGUGUGUUUGUCUGCACCUUCACAUCAGCUGGUUCUUAAUGAUUAAUUGGAUGAUAAAUUAAAUCAGGAUUAGUUUAUUUCAGACUCGUUUCCUCUGUCAGAGCUGCAGUCUUUUCUUUCUGUUGAGUUUCAUGUUGUGAACUUUGCAGCGCAGCAUUCACACAGUAUCAGGACCGCUCGGCUCCAUCAGUGUCACUAGAGUCUAAAGAGGAUGUAUGAUGAUUUAACACUCAUUGAGAAUCUGUGGUUUACAUCAGCAGCAGUGGCCACGCUAGUAUUAAGAUUUUCUUUCUUGACUUGGUGCAUUUCUAUUUCUGAAGAAGCCUUACCUGACAUACAGGUGUAUCCACUUUGACUCUUACGAGCUCGUGGUGCAAAGACAAAUCAGUGGAUGUACAUCACCUUCCUUUGGAAAUCCUGAUGACUGAAGGCAGCUCACGUUCACCUCGGUUCCUAACGAACCCUCCGACCACGCAGGUGCACGCUGACUCUCUGGGACUUGUGUUGAGAUUAGCUCCCAGCGUAUUGGCACCUGUUCUGUGGGGUGUGGAGGGCGGGGCUUUGGCUGCUCAGCCUGCCUUUUUUACUUUUAGAGAGAGAGGUCCUUGUGAUCAGUGUUGGUAUCACAUCUGUGUACUUCUUCAUACAGCCAUCAGGGGCAGCGUUGCUCUGUCUGAGACCACAGUGAGCAGUCUGAAGCCAUGGUUCGAUGUGAACAGAAGGUUUCUCUGCUCAGUGUCUCACCAGCAGCAGCAGCUGGACACACACACACACACACACACACACACACACACACACACCAAGAUCUCCUUAUCCUGGAACACCACUUCUUUCAUUUGUGCCAUCGUUGAUGUUUUGUUUAUUUUGUAUUUUGUUCCAGUUGAAUAAAUCGUUUUUCAAUGAGCAGGAUUAUCAGAGAGCCUGAACUCUUCUCUGCAGAUUUCUUUGUAUCAAAAAGCUUUUGGAAAAAGUUUUAUUCUAACAAAAUGUUUGGAUUUUUUUUUUUUUUUAUAUAUAUAUAAUAUUUUGUCCGUGUGUUAAUCUCAGGGCUGAAUCUCAGAUAUUCAAAUGAUUUGAACUUUGUUUUAUGAUUUUGUCUCCUUCCUGUUUUCUGUGUGAACCCCACAUUGACGAGAGCAAUGACAGGAUGUGGUUCUCCUCUCUGUCCUGGUACACACUACCAUCACAUUCCAGCGCCUCUUCAGUGUGUCUCUGUGCUGUGGUGUUUUUUAGGUUUAACAUGGGACUAGAAAUCAACUCCUGUCACUUUUGUUUUUUAAUUUUAUGGCAACUUUUUGUACCGUCUCGCUCACCUCUCGGAGAAUCAGAGGUCAUGUUAUUGUCAAAAAUAAAUAUUUUGUUCAA